AUGCCAGAACUCGGACCUACGCAGGAAAUCGUCGCGAUAGGAACCGUCAGUUCCAUCUACACCUUUGGCAGUAGUCAUGUCAUCAAGCGCCGCCCGCCACCAUCAAACGAAUUUGCUCAGCAGGCGUUCGACAUCGAAGUCCGCGCAUACAAGCGGCUAGGCGCCCACCGCCGGAUCGCAGUGCUCAGCGGCGUCACGAACGAAGGCCUCAUCCUAGAGCGAGGCGAAUGCCUCCGCACGAUAAUCCAGAGCCACAAUCCAGGAACGAUCACACAGCACACCAGACUCCGUUGGGCGCAGGAGGCCGCGGAAGGCCUGCGCUAUAUCCACAGCAAGCGCAUUAUCCACGCCGACGUCGGAUGCCAUAACCUUCUCUUGGAUCGAUCGGGCCACAUACGCUUCAUUGACUUUGCUGGGUCGGGGAUCGACGACGAGCCGCCGUUGGUUUGCUAUGAGUGGUGCGCGUGUGCGGGUGGGUCGGCUGUUAGUGUUCGCACUGACAUCUUUGCGUUCGGGUCUCUGUUGUUUGAGAUUGAAGCUGGACGUGUGCCGUUCCAUGAGAUUUCGGGGACGAUGGAGAUGUUUGAGUUGAUGAGGACGGCCGAACGGCGUUUUGCGGCGAGGGAGUACCCGAACGUGGAACAUUUUCUGCUACGUCAUGUUAUCACGCGUUGUUGGGACGCAGCUUAUUCCUGUAUGGAUGAGGUUGUGGAGGACCUUUGCCGUUUGGGGGACGACGAAAGCAACCUAUCUCUGCCUACGAUGAAGCCAUUCCCAAGCGCCGUCCUUGACGUUCGGACGUCUUGA